GACUCGCCCCCAGACGUUCUCUCUCUCGCGGCUAAGAUCGAUUUUUCUUAGCAGAAUUAAGAAAUCAAGUGCAAGGAAAAAAGGGCAGUGUAGUGGUUCCUAUUUUCCUUUCUCCCUUUUUGUGCUGAAAGUGCAUCUUUUCAGUUACCUUUUUUGCAAUCCCCAAUUUUUCGUUUGCACACACGGUUUCGUUCGACUUUGCGAGCGCAUCGAACGUGGUCGGAUUCUUCUAGAUCGAAAACGAGCAAAGUAGUCGGUUUUUUUUGUGUGUGUCGAAGUUCAAUUUUAAAUAUCCCAAAGCAUUCCAUCUCUCGUGGCUCGCGCCAGAUGGGCUCGUAAAGUUUUGGGCUUGAAACACUGCUGAAAGCCUCCUUGCGGCAUCCCCGGAAACGGACAAUUAUCCUACGAAAGGAAAGCGUACGCGUCGUCGAAUACGAGCGGCAGGUGAAUUCACCAUCAAGCGAAAAGGUGUUGUACUACAGACGUAAGAAGGCGCAGGCAGCAGCAUGGCGGAGUCGGAGGAUUUAAGUAGUGGCAGUAGUAAUAGCAGUAGUAGGGAGGAUAUGCACUUUUUCGAAGGUGUGGAAAAGCUAUUGGAGAUCUGGUUCGAACCGAACCCAGCGAACAAGAGUGCCGAUCUGCGGAAAAUACCCAGACCGAUGUGGGAUGCACUGCUGAAAACCGUACGAUGCGAAAUCAUCAGCUUCACCAGAAACGACCAGAUCGAUGCUUACGUGCUGAGUGAAAGCAGCAUGUUUGUGUCCAAGCGUCGUUGGAUUCUAAAGACAUGCGGUACCACCACGCCGUUGCAGUGCUUCGAACCGUUGCUGCGCCUGGCAGCGGAAAUUGCCGGUUACACCGAGAUCGAGGAUCUGUUCUAUUCGCGCAAGAACUACAAACGUCCGGAGCUGCAGGUGUCACCGCAUCGUGGCUUUGACGAGGAGGUCGCCUUUCUCGACUCGUUCUUUGAUGAUGGGCGCGCCUACAGUUUGGGUGCGAUCAAUCGCGAUUGCUGGCAUCUCUACACGCUGAGCCGCGGGGGAGGGGGCUCCAAAAUUCUUAAACGCAACAACCAUCUCCAUCAGCUGAUGGAGCAACACCAUUCGGAGCAGCAGCAUGAAGCGCAGCUUAUUGAAGCGUCAAUGCAGCCCGAUCCGGAUCAAACGAUCGAGAUCUUGAUGACGGAUCUAGACCCGAACGUGAUGGCCAUCUUCACCAAGGAUGUCUGCACAACAGCCAAAGAGGCUACCCAGAAAUCGGGAAUUCAUCGUCUUCUGCCGGGCAUGGUUAUCGAUGAUUAUCUCUUUGAUCCGUGUGGCUACUCCAUGAACGGCAUCUCGAAGAAUUGUGGCAAGAAAUACAAAGAGGGAUGUUACAUGACCAUCCACAUUACGCCGGAACGUGAGUUUUCGUACGUCAGCUUCGAGAGCAAUGUCGCAUCAUCGGAUUACGGCGAGCUGAUCAAACGCGUCAUCCGCACGUUCCAGCCGGGUAAAUUCAUCGUAACCGUGUUUGCGAACAAGACGUCGAUUGCAGCGAAUGCUAACCGCGAGAUCGAACAUCUGGGCAUCAUAGAUCAGUGGAAGCGUCGCGACAUUCAAUACUCGCGCUUCGCCAGCUAUGACCUUACGUACGCCCAAUACUGCAAAUACCCUAGCUGAGGUUUACCGUGCCUAGCUCCACCGGCAGGGGCUAACAUUCCUUCCCCCGUAUCCUUUUCCGUCCUUCCCCCAUCGGCUGAUGCGUUCUCUGACGAUGGUCCUACUGUUCCCGCUCCUCUACCCUCUACAACUUCCGCACCAACUCGUCCCGUAAAGCGCAAUCUUUUGCAUUUCCAAAACAACAUCUCCACUACAACGUCACAGCAUCCGCUACCGAUUGGAUUCGUAAAGCUGAUCUUUGGUAUCUUUUCCGCGCUUACAUCGUUCGGUGCAGGCAGUGAUACCAUUAAAAAGCCGUACCCGGCUCCCGGUAAAGCUGAGAAACGCGCUGGAAAAUGUUUCAAGCAUCAGCUAAACAAAGAGCUGAAACCACAAGAUGAAUUCCAGUCAAUUCCCGAUCGUCUCUACUCGUAUCUGGAUCCGUACCGUGCGCUCGGAAAUAAACCAUCUCAGUCGGCACAUUGGAAGAAACAACCGGAAUUGGUAUCGCCCAUGUUUACCGAGCCGCAGCUCCAGCAUGAAAUAGCCACCGCUACACCGGAUUGCAACGAGUUACAAUUUUACGGACAGCUGAAGAAGCUACUCGACCUUCCGGUCCUGUUUGCGAUCUGCUUCGUGCAGCUUAUAUCGUACGUGCUCGUGCUGAACAUCGAGGAAUGUUCCCCGCUGGUUCUGUUUUCCUGGUGGCGCAACAAGAUAUCCUGAAAUUGACUAGCCGUCGUUGCUCGCCGCAGCCUUCAGUUCUGAUUACAACCGCCACCAUCAACACCAUCACCACCAGGAUCAUCGACAUCUUUGCGAUACGUUUGUUAUGUUGAAUGUUAUUAUUAUGUUGAUAAUAAUACGGUAGCAGCAGUACAAGCAGCAACCCGAUCCGGAUGGAAUGCCGAACGCCGUCAGCAACUGCAGGUUGUGGGGCGGCAAACAUGCCAAACGCUCGCCUGCCAUUGGUCGCGAGCUAAUCUUUGUGCGUUAGGUUCCAUUGCUAACGAACGGCAAAUUAGGGCAUCUUUGUUUCGUGCGUCUUCUUACUGUAAUGAAAUGCACAACGUUUCCUCGGUAGAUUCUAAGUUUAUCUGCAUUUCACAUGAUCGUUCUUACCGCCGUCAGUUUGAGGAAGUGACCAGGAGUGGAAGGAUCAUGAAUCGUUGGUGCGUUGAAAAGUUUGCUUCCCAUAAAGGAGACAUUUCAUUAGACCUCACAGAACAUGAUAAACCGAACGGACGUCAACAUUAUGCGCCUUCGUCCCAUCGAGAACGUCUUGUAUCGAAGCAGUGGCGGAAAAGUCAUUUAAAACGGAACGUUAUCCAGAACACUUCUAACAUUUUUGCACCACCAACAACACCAGAAACAACCACCUUAGUGUUAGAGAUAGAAACUUUAGCAGCAGUACUGCGACUCGGUCCACCUUCCGUAGGCAUGGUCGAUGGACAAGAGCAUCCCAGUGCCUACCAGGACCGGGAUCAACAAGACAGUCAUUCCGUGGUACUUUACUGUGUAACUUUGCUGAAUAUGGCACGACUUCUUGCACCGGUUCAACCCAUUAUUUUUGCCUUUCUAAUCUCACUCGAUCUGUACUCGUAGCAGCGAUUGUUAGCCUCUUGCAUUCGGAACCUCCCCAGCGGAAUGCCGUAUGCAAAUAGGUAGCAUUUAUUUUUACCCACUGUUCGGUAGAGGAGAGAGAGAGAGAGAGAAAAAACCGCCUCACUGACGAUAGCACAAAGAAGAAAGCAUAGAAGACGGUGCGGAAGGAUGAUGUUUUUUCCCAUUUCUAUUGGCCACUUCACUCCUUCCCUUGAGCGGAAGAAAAUUCAAAUGCUUCCUUGGUCAAAAGUUUUCCGCGGUCAAUUUUAUCCAUCCUUUAUUUCACCCACCAUUCAUUCCCUGCCGGGAUGCUGUUCGACGAUUGAUUGGAGGGUAUUUUCACUGUUUUAUCACUGACACACAGACACAAACACAAAUCAUCCUUUCUUACCAUUUCGAUCAAGAGGAUUAUUAUGAUGAUAGUGAAGCAUGAAAUAUUACACCCAAAUAUAAUACAAAUAUAGCUCUAUAGCACAAGCUAUAGACGUUACAAGAUUAUAUAAAGCGCAACACAGUUUGCAUAAGUUUAAACUAAUCCAUUCAAGCAAUGGGAGAAAACAAACACACAUAUUACAAUGAUUAUAUGAAACAGAAAUAACCGAUUUUCGAAUAACCAAAUCCCUUACGAAGCAUUCAAAAGAAUCUAACAAGAAAAACUACAAAAACAUUAAAAAAAAUGCAUAAAAUGGUUUGUGUUGGACACAGAGCAACAAAAAAAGCGAAAUAUUUAAAUGAGCAAAAAAAACAGGUUUUAAAGUUAUUUUAAUGCUACGAUUCGUAAAGAAUCAUUUAAACAAUCGUAAGCCAGUUUUUCCACGGUACCGUGUGGAACGGAACUGUAGUUUAAGCUGAAGGUAGCUGAAGGUUUUUAACAUUUUCUUUGUAUGCUUUUAGUAACAUAUUAGUUUUCUCUCAAAAAACACUGUUGGUGUAAUUGAUUUUACUUUCACGCACUCUCUACUAUUGUUUGCAUUAAGUUUAUAGUGUAAGAAUUGUAUCUUUAUGUUCUUCAAUUAUAUGUGUAAUCAGUUUUUAUAUUAAUUUGAUUUGAUUAUCAUUUGAUAUGUUUCAUAAAUAAAUGGUGUAUGAGUUGGGAAUUAGUUUUUUUUAUGUUUCGUUCACAUUGCAGCAUUAUGUACCGUACCAUCAUAUCUGAGUAACUUUAUGAACACGUGGCAAGAGAAUACAGCACAAUUUCGGUAUCUACUAAACACAAGCAAUUCGAACUAGAAUUCCAAAAACUUAAGAUGAAACAACCGUAUUUUAUUAGCAGAAAGAAAACAGAAGGUUAACGUAGAAAGUAUAAAUGUAUUGUGUAAUAAUGAUAGAAUUGAAACCUUUGUAUGUCUCCCACGAUGGAAACCAGUGAAAGUAAACAGCAGCAACAAAUGAAGAUAACCGAAAGACUCGAAUGAUGUGCUAAACUCAAUUGGUGUGGAUGUUGGUCGAGGGGAUGACGGUUCGUAAUGGGGAGAAACUGCACCCCCACAUAACAAAGAAACUAGUGAUGAACUAAUGGCAAUUUGCAUGUGAUUGAACAAAAGUUUUAGGAUAGAAAAAAAGCGGCGAAGAAUGGAUGCGGCUUUACUCCUUAGUGCAAUGGAAUUCAGCUCGAAAGAUUAAUUGACUAAUUUAUUUUACUUCCACUCUUCGUUUAUACUUCUAUUUUAGUGGACAGAGGGUAAUGAAUGUAAAGUAUUCCAAUGUUUAAAGUGGAGCAAAGUGGUUUGCUUUAUCUUUAUUUCCUAAUAUCAAAUCUUCCACUCUAAUCUUGCCCCUAAGUGUGUACCUUUGCGUGUAACUAAUAAUUUAUAGAGGUCGAAAGAGAAAGAAAGAAAAAAGCCGAAGAAACAUAGAAGAGCUGUGAUGAAGAUGAAUGAGCAAAAAGGGCUAAUGUAUGUUAGAGAAAAAGCGAGGAACAAUUUAAAAUGACGGAAUGAAAAACAAUUCAAUCACGCUAAUUAAACUUCAAACCAAACGGUAGCACCGCUUAGAGCAUCUCCCGCGUUCCAAUGCGGAAUAUGUAUUAAAAUUACGGUUCAAUGAUCGUUUCUAGAAACAACAAACAUUUCAAUAAAUGCUCAAAUACGA